CCUAUCUUUCAGAAAUUUUGAUUGACGUCAAUAUCAUCUAUUAAUUGUUAAGAUUAUUUUAUAGUACCCAUACCCAAUAACUUAUAAAAAUUGUAAAAUGUAAAGCAACUCAGUUACAUUUAUUAUUCCCGUUAGCAAUCCCUCAUAAUGUAUUUUUGGUGAAAGUGGCAGUAAAAAUGGAGUAAAAUUUUCAAGUACGCCUACCCGAAAUCUGUUAGCGAUGGCAUCUAUCUACAAAACUGUUCGUGCUGCUAUUAAUUCCCAGAUAAAAACAAAAAUUGAUAUGUUUCGCUGGGUUCCCAGUGGCGAUGAAUUGGGAUCGCGCUUUCGUAGCAGCAGUUGCUCUGGUGGUGGUGACAAAGGCGAUAAGCAGCCCGUACUAGGUCCCAGUUCUGGGGACAGCAGUAAUCCCGGUGCUCCUACUAUGUAUGAUUCUCGCAAGUUGGGUCACAAGCUGUCCACUAACGAUGUGUGCCCCAACUUUGAGACUUUGCCAAACAUUCCCACUGGAGUCUUUCGAAACACAUCAGGAGAGGUCCUCGGCCGAGACGCUGGCAAAUGCUUGUACUAUCAAAAUCCGGAAUAUUUUUCUUUCCACCACAUGAGCUUUUAUGAUUUAAACAUCGCUUUAAGAAAAUACCGAAGACCUUCUCCAAAAAGUGGCAGGAAACCCAUUUGAUGUUUAUGUGUAGAGCAUAAAAAUGAAUAAGAUUAUCAUCACAAAUUUUAACCUUGCAACCUCCUCAGGGUUAAAAUUUGACGCAAAGUGGUUUCCAUAGCAAUCAGAGACACUGUUUACUUUUGUCUAAGACGGGAAGAAAUAUAUUUUAUUUCCUAGCCUGUGGGAUAAUGACCUACUACUUCUAUAGUACUCUCACGGCGUUCUAUGUCGCAUUCCUGUUGGCAAUAUACUCUCUCUCUCACUCUCUGAAAGGACACUAGGCACGCAGACUGAAUUAAG